CCGGAUAGAUCAGCCGCCCUGAGCUCAGAUGUCCUUGCUGCCGCACAAAUGCUCUACCAGAAUGGACAUGAUAACCUCUCUGCCCUCCAUAACCAACUCUACGCUGAGCAUGACCUGCUGAAUCACAACAGUAAUACCAACUAUCAUACCAACAGCAAUAUACACCUCCAGCAACAACAGCAGCAGCAGCAGCAACAGCAACAGCAACAGCCACUGCCACAGCAACAACAGCAGCAUCAUCACAGCCAUCAGAUGGAUGCUAAGCGUGCGCAGCUGGGUCAGUAUAACGACGGGUCUGUGCCGCAAAAGGAGUUCCUUGUCAUUCCAAAGGGGAUACAUACCAGUACCAUGAUUUUCGACCCCGCUGCACACAGCUCACCGGCAAAAGACCACCAGCAACCAAGAAUGCGAGCCAACGCCUCGAAGCUGGGCCCUAGUAUGCUACAAUGGGGAUCAGACUCCGGAUUUGCUCAUCAAGGCUAUCGUCUGCCUCCAGGUCAACCCACAGUCGAGGAAACGACAGAAAACCUCCUCCAUAACCUAGAGUGUCUAGAAGCCCAGUCCAGCGCGGCCAACACUCGGCCCUCCAGUCCCGUUCGAAAACUUUGUGAUAGAAAGGAGGCUGCAUCGUCCCUGGCGGCAUCACGGAAUCCAGUUCCACCAUCCUUCGAAGACAGACCAAAGAAGCGACGGAAGAGCAACAACAAGAUAAAAGAAGAAGACUCAGAACUAGCCAGCGCCUUGUCAGCAUCCAAGUCACCAACUACCACUACUCCUACAUCAUCCACAACAAACUACACUGUUUCGUCAUCCACCACAACCACUUCGUUUGCUCGUCCAUCAUCUCGCAAGUCAAAAGGCUCCUCACCUGCCGGAAACGGCACCACCAUCAAACCUGUACGAGAAAACCUGUCCGAAGAACAGAAACGUACAAACCACAUCCUCUCCGAGCAGAAACGCCGAAACCUGAUUAAACAAGGGUUUGACGACCUGUGCUCGCUGGUCCCCGAGCUAAGGGGGGGAGGGUACAGCAAAAGCACCAUGCUGACGCAAGCAGGCGACUGGCUGGCCGACCUCCUGGCUGGCAACGAGCUUCUCAAGGCACAGUUGGCGGACCUAAAGGCGAGAGGAGGAUAACAGAUGGGUGCACAUAAGCCAUGCAUAUUGACUGACAUACAUAUCAUACCGCCUAUAUAUCGUUUAAUUUCCCUUAUGUUCUCUGUUGGACGGACGGAUCUUAUUUGUUUAACAUGGCCUUGUUGUUUGGCGCGUUUACUAUAUACCACCCCCAUGUCUUGCUUCUGUCUGUAUAACCUCGCUUUCUAUCUACCUGAUGAUACUCAUGUCUUCUCUUUUCUCUCUUUCUCUCGUUUUCCGCCUAUAUACUGCCAUCUACGGAGUACUUACUCCCAUGAUGUAACGAGGCAUUCAUACGGCAUCAGCACGGCAUCCCGCACUCGCAUAAUUACAUACAAUCUACCUACAUACCUACAUACCUACAUAAACAAUACAGAACUCUUGUUCCAUAGCCAGUUUCCUCCAUAGUGUUCACGGUGACAUUCUACUGUUCUAUGAUGGGCUACGGCCUCCCCGAUAAUCUCCAGCGCCAUGCAAACGCCCAUCUUGCAUCCACCGUCCACCGUCCUCCACAGCCCACCUAUAACACUUCCCAUCCACAUAUAACAGAAGGCACACCAACCACAGCAAGCAGUUCACUUCUCAACUGAGCUGUUAUAACUCCCCCAUGCGGAGAGUGUUCGGGGAAUUUGCCCAAAUGCGACAAACCUCCCGACAGAUCAGACCCAAUUUUUUUGCUUCUUCCCACCAAAUUUACUCCUGUGGAUGUACCGCGGUUCGCUGAACAGUUUCUUACUGGCGCAGAAGCUGGAAGGUUGGCGGACGAAGGGAAGCCAAAGCAAC